AUGAGUUCAAACCCAACAACACAAGAAUCUUUGAGCUCUUCACUAAUCAAACACAUUUAUUUUGAUAGAAUUCUGCCGAUUUUGCCUUUAGAAUCAACUUAUAAGAGUUACUCUCAAGUUGAAUUAGAUUCUUUUUUCCUCUCUUGUAGAUCAAUACUUUUGAAUCUAUCCAUCUCAAAUCAUUUACCUUUAAUCAUCGAAGAAACUCUGAAUUCCAUAGAUCUAAUAUUACACGAUGAACCAAUCACUUCAGAUAAUACCACAAAAGAUUCUAUUCAUUCCAUAUUGGUAUUGGUACGGUUAUUAAGUGAUAUUGUCGAAUAUUAUUGGGAUGAUUUAGAAAAUCCAACGGAUAAUGGUAAAAAGAAUAAUGAUGAUGAUAAUAAUACUAAUAGUAAUAAUAAAAGGAAUAUUGAAAACAAAAAUAAAAGAACAAUGUUACCUGGAUUAAUAGUAGGGUUUUCUACUCAUAGAACAUGCUUCCACAAAUCUCAACCUACUUCUUUCAAUCCGAAUUUGGCUUCAAGAUUAAUUUUCACUUGUAAUAAAAUCAAAUUUAAUUCAAGAACUUUAAGAGUGCUUAAAAAUAUGUCUCAUAACUUAUAUGGUAAUACUACAAUCCCUUCUUCCAAAAUUUUACCAGUUUAUCAAGAAUUCUUGAAAAAAAGAAAUUUCCCAUUGGUUUGUGAAAAAGUUGAUUUAACACUUGAUUAUAUCUUAAGAUUUAUCGCCGCAGCAAAUCCUAUAGAAUUUAAUAAGUAUGUCAAAAUUAGAAUAACGGGUCCAUUAUUGAUUUCUCAUACUUUAACUGAAUUAGGUAUAGUGAGACACUUGGAUUUAUUUGGUUGUAUCUUCUUAACCAAUAAUAAUUUAUCAGAAUUUUUAGAUACCGUUAGAUUAUUAUCAGGAAACAUGAAAAAGACAAUUUUCCAUUCUUUAUUGUUAUAUUAUGUUAGCAAGGCGAUAAUGUUUUGGAUAAUGGCUCGUCCUCAUCAAUACAUUCAACUAAUUUAUGAUUUACAUGAUCGUAGGAAAAGGCAUGAAGAUUCUCUUAGACAAAUCCCACAAUAUAUUAAUAUUCUGUUUGAAGAUGUAUAUUCCAUUUUUAAUGUUUCAAGCUUAUUAACCUAUGUCUAUAACGAUCAUAAUCAUAAUCGGAAUAAUGGUAUACAUCUUUCAAUCAAUAUACCCCAUGAAUCUAAUAACGAUAGUAAUACAGAUGCUUCGUCCCUAAAUUCUACUCCAUUAUCACCGGCAUUGACUAACUCUAAUGCUAAUAUACCACUGAGCUCAUUCCCAAUGUCACCAUCUCAAUCAAUGUAUGGAACACCUAUAAACAGCGGUAACCUGGAUACCAAUGAAAAUUCCACUUCACCAAGUCAACCAUUACAAUCCCACCCAUUGUCUAAUGAUGAUCUCUCUUCAUAUAAUUCAAGUAAGAAAUCCUUUGGAACAGAUGGGUCCUCCGAAAGUCAAUAUAAUUUAAGUACUAAUAGUCCCAAUUUUACCAAUCCAAAAUCAUUCCAUUAUUUAGAGAAUAUUCUAGAAUUAUACGCCGAUUUCGACUCCUCCGAUCUUUUAACGCACAGCUCCAUUUUGAGAUUUUUAUUAGCAUUAACUCUACUCGACACUGAUGUUUACACAGAGCUCAACAUGUCAUCUUUUAGAGGUAUACCGGACAUUGAUCAGCAUGGUAAUACUAUUCCUAUUUCUAAAACGUAUCCAAAUUUACACUCAAUGACUUCACCUACGGGUUCAAUAAACUCACCAAGUUCAUCUUCAUUACCUUCAAAUAAUAAUGGUGCUAAUAAUAACAGCAGUAACAGUAUUUCAUCUGGCAGUAAUAAUACUAAUAACAAUAAUAAUAAUAAUAAUAAUAAUAAUAACGGCGGUGGAACUGGCCCAGGAAACGAAAAAAGUAUAAAACAAUUCACUCAUGGAUUGAAAAAAUUAACUUCAUUAAAUUCUUCCAAGAAAAAAUCAUCAAUGAAAAGAUUUAUAACUCUUUUAUUGAGAAAUCUAAAUGGUGUUCAAAUUGUGUCUGAUGUUGCCAUUAUAGAUUCAAUUAGAACUUUGAUAGCAUUAAUGACGAUGACUUCACCUGUAUCAUUGCUAGAUAAUAAAGUACCCGCCGUUAUCUUUUCUAAAAGAUUAUAUGACAGUUUGGGUUACAAUUUAGGACUUGGUCACAAUUGGGAUGCAUUACCAAAUAACUUCAUUUCUAACGUAAUGGAUAAAAAUUUGACAAUAUAUAGAGAAAUGCAAUUAAAAUUUUUCUCAGCAGCUGUUCAACUUGAUUGUAAUGGGUUCUUAAAACAUUUACAAUUGGAUAAAGAAUUGAAAACCCUGGAUUUAGAAAGAUUACGACUUUAUACAGAAGGGUUUAGAGUUUUAUUCCAUUUAAAGAGCCCCAAGGAAUUGAAUGAGAUGAUUGCGUUAGAGACCUCUUCCUUCUUUAAAUCCUUGUUUUCUGCGGUAGCUGAUAUAUUAUUAAAGUCAUUUCCUCAUUUUGAAGAGAGAAUAAAUACUUUGAUCAUUUCCAUUUUGGAUGGAAAUAUUGAAGAACGAUUCCAUAGGACAGCAUCCUUGGCAAGAUUGAUGAGUAAUGAAUUGCAAAGAAGUAACACAUCAAUAAAGACGAAAUCAACAGCAUCCUCAUCAUCAAUAUCAAAUGCUCCUUCUGAUAAAUCAUCAAGCCAGAAAUCCUAUACAUUAGGGAAAAAUUGGGAUCUUCAAUAUAUUUUCCUCACUCAUUCACCUACAUUUUCCUCCAAUGAAUCUCCAAAUGAACCUCCGAAUGUAAUGAAGACUGGGCCGGUCUCAAAGACAGUGACUCCAGUACAGAUGCUAAAUACAAAAACUGAAAGUUCAAGGUCACAUAGUAAUUCUGAUCCAUCGAUGAGCCCAAUAUACAACCAAGGACUAGUUUCUCCGCAAUCGACAACAAUGAAAGGAAGAUCUCCGUUGUCUGGUUCAGCUUCAGAAAUAGAAAGACAAAGGUAUAGUCCUGUUCAACAAAGUCCUACAGAAAGACCAUUGGCUAAUACUCCAUUCACAGUAGAUUCCGCAUUAUCAAUGAGUUCGCCAACCUCUAAGACAGUAAACCCUUCCAGACAACCACUGCAACAACCCAAAGCUAGAAGGGCAUCAGAUGAACGUCUGCCGAGAAUACAGAGUAAAGUAAGUCUAGCCACUAAUCUUUCAGCGGCUACCCAAUACAGCUACACUAACAUGAGUGAAAAUGAUGACGCAAGAAAAAUAAUGAUGAACAUUUUCAGUAUAUUUAAACGAAUGACUAGUUUUUUUAUCUCACCAGGACAAAAGAAUACAUCUGAACCUACAUGGGCAUCUAGAGAUUAUGGAAGUAUUAUUAAACCAAUCUUUGUAUCCAUAAUAGACACCAAUUCAACUCUACAAGCUACAGCACAAUCAUUCAUGGAUAUCUUAAUAAAUUAUAUGUCUGAAGUUAAUGAAGAUGUAUCAAAUCCUGUAACAAUAUCGGAUCACUACUUAUUAUGUACUUAUACGGUCACACUAUUUUCUUCCGCAUUGUUUGAUUUGAAAUUACCUAGCAUUCAAAGAGAAUUACUCCUCGAUAUUAUUGUGAAAUUUAUGCAAGUCAGGUAUCAUUUGUCGAAACUAGCAGAAAAACUAUCCUAUUUGGAGGCGUUGGAGCAGAUCGAAACCAAGACUUUCCCAUUACUAACGGCCACGUUAGGUGGAGGUCUAAUCGUUUCAUUAUAUUGUAGUAGAGGUGAAAUCCCAAGAUUAUCAAAAACGGCUUACAGUGAGUUUCUACAAGCCCUACGAUUUUAUGAAAAUAAUGUUGGUGAAAUUGAUGUAAAAUGCAUUUAUAACAUAGGAUUCGUUAAAGCAAUGGCAAGUGACAACUAUGCUGCAUCUGGUUCUGUCGCAUUCCAAAGAAGAUUAAGAAAUAAUAUUCUGAAAUUCAUUACGCAUCCAGACGUUAUACUACUUGACGCCUUGGAAGUUUUAUUUAAAAAAUGGCAUGCAUUCAGUACAAUGAGAAUUUUGAAUCAAGAAGAAUUAGUAGAUUUUAGAAGUUUAGCAGGAAUAAUAGCAUCAGUAUCAGGGAUUUUGUUUACUAUUGAAGAGGAAGGAGAUGAAUUAAACCAAUUUGAAUCCAUUCGAGAAUUUAGAUUAAAAUUAAUCAAAGAUAUAGAUUAUUUCAUAAGUCAACAAUGUCAGUGGUUAAAUAAUUCUGAUUUAUUAACGAGAGAAAAUUCUAGAGAUAUUUUGAGUAUCGAGUUACACCCUUUGACUUUUAGAUUGUUAUUCCAAAAUUUGAAAAUGAAAAUUAGCGAUUUGCAGAAUAUUGAUCUAUCUGCUAUUGAUCAAGAAGAUACAUCAUUCGUUCUUUUGGAACAAAUAAUUAUUAUUUUACGAACCAUAUUGAAAAGGGAAGAUGAGGAAGGUGUAUUGGUCCUAUUUUCACCUGAUAUUAUUGAAAUAGUGGGUAGCCUGAUUGAAAUCGUAGAAAAGAUUCAAAACGAAUCUCCUAAAUACUAUAAAGCUAUUAUUCAAAUGUCAAAAAUGUUUCGAUCAAUGGAGAGUGCCGAAACUGAGCUUGGUAUCAAGAACCACUAUGUUCUGAAAAAUCGGUGGCUGAAAUUAGUUACAAGCUGGUUUAAGCUAACAAUAGACAAAGAUUAUGAUUUUGAAAACUUAACUAAACCUCAUCGUGAAAUGGACUUGAAGAAAAGAGAUCAAGAUUUCCUUUAUCUUGAUAGUUCAAUUGAAACGUCAAAAGCUCUAGCAUAUUUAACUGAAAAUGUUCCAUUAGAAGUACCGCCAUCAUCAUCCAAGGAUGAGUUUAAUAGAUUGGAAUCUGUUGCCUUUAGUAACUACUUCACAAUAUUAUUGAAAGGUUUGGAAAAGAGUACCGAUCUAGAAAAAUUCCCAAUAUUAUUGAAACAUAAAAUCAGUAUCUUGAAUGAAAAUAUCAUCCUUUCCUUAACAAAUUUAUCAAAUUCCAAUGUUUAUGCAAGUUUACAAUUCACAUUACCUAUGGGUUACUCUAAGGACAAAAAUAUUAGAAUUGCGUUUCUAAAGGUCUUCAUUAACAUCGUUAGGCAUUAUCCUUCGCAGCAAAAGAUUACCGAUGAAAGGAAAAUGGCGGCGCUUGAUGAAUUACUGAAAUAUUUUAUUAACCAUCCAAAUAUCAUUUAUCCUUUAGGUUCUAUCUGUCCGGCAAAAGAUAUUGACAGUUUAGCCGCUGGUUUGGUAAAUGCCUUCGAAACAAGAAAUGCUGGCCAUAUCCUGGUUACUCAAUUGAUUAAAGAUGAAAUUAAAAAAGCUUCAAGGUAUGCUGACGUUUUAAGAAGAAACACCGUUGCUACACGCGCUCUAUCAUUAUACUCGAGAACAAAAGGCAGUGAAUACCUAAUAAAAACAUUGAGACCAAUAUUGCAAGAAUUGGUCGAUAACGGAGAUUUUUUCGAGGUUGAGAAGAUUUCGCCUGAUGAGCCAAACAUGAAUUAUCAAGUUGAUUUAUUUGCUAAAUACUUGCAAAAAUUGGUGGAUUCCAUUACAAAUUCACUUCCAGAUUUCCCUCCAGAGCUAUUAAUGAUUUGCCAAACGAUAUUUAAUUCUGUUAAAGAUAAAUUCCCCGAUUAUGCCCAUGUUGCUGUUGGUUCAUUCGUCUUUCUAAGAUUUUUAGGUCCGGCUUUAGUAAGUCCAGAUUCGGAAAAUAUUUUAAUUAUAACCCAUACAAGAGAUAAGAGACCUUUUAUAACCUUGGCUAAAGUUAUCCAAAAUAUUGCAAAUGGUGCCGAUAGUUUCGUUAAAUGGCCAGCAUUAGAAAAGAAAAAAGAUCUAUUAAAAGAGUGCAGCUCGAAGAUAUUUACGUUCCUUUCCAAGCUUUGUAAUGCUGAUUGCAGUUUUGACACAGAUCUUACAAAAUCGAAGAGUGUUCCAGGAGAUUUCCAUUUCUUACACCAAUAUUUAUAUAGUCAUGACCUUCAAUUUAGAAAAGUUGUGUUGAGUGGAAUACAGACUUUUGAAGAUUUCCAAUUUUUGAAACAGUUCGUUUCUGUUGUUGAUAAAACUUUGGGGUUUAUAGGCCAACCUAGAUCAGAAGUUAAAGAUGGUAUCCCCACCUUUGUUAAAGAGCACAUGGAAGAAUAUCCACAAUUGUAUGAGUUCAUGAGCAGACAUGCAUUCAAGACGAUGACUGUUGAUAACGAUGAAACAUCUUUUAUUCAUGAGUCCAUCUCUGCGGAUGGUAUUCCUGUUUUCACUAUAAGUUUUAGUCAAUUAUUUAAGACUAGUCUCGAGCCUGAACUGGUAGUUUUCAAAGUCAUUGAGAAUUUUGCUAAAUUCUGGUCUGCAAGCCACUAUCUAAUGUGUGAUUUUACUUCCUUUUCUGCAAAUGAAGUAGAGACCAGGAAAUUAACGGCUUUGUUCUUCAGUAUUCUUCCUGAUACAGCUUUAGAGAAUUGCGCCGCCUGCUACUUUUUGAAUGUCAAUGACACUUUCCUGACUUAUUGGAGAGCAGUUUUAGAUGUUGAUAAUCCCUAUGUUGUAUUCAAAGUACCACAUUUCUUUAUUAAUAGUAAUACUGAUUUAAAUAUAGUGAAGAAAUUAGGAUUAUCCGGUAAAAGUUUGGAAGUUUUCCAAGAUGUUCGUGUUUCAUUACAUGAAAUUACAAUGUUCAACGAGACUACAGUAUCAUUUACACCAGUUUCAUUGAAAAUUGGGAAUAAAUACUUUCAAGUAUUAUUAGAAAUGGGUCAAGAAUUAGAAAUAAAAGAAAUUGGCAUGAAAUAUGAAUUAAAAUUCAACAACGUCUAUGAGAUCUCUGAUUUAGCAUCGAUUGGUGUUUCUUCCAUUACUGGUGCACCAUCUGAAUUUACCUUAGGAUUUCAAGAUAAUUCAAGACUAAUUUUCUCAAGUUCAAAAUAUUUGGAAAUAGUGAAAAUGUUUUACUAUGCUCAAGCUAAAAUCGAAGAUGAAUAUGGUAUCGAUACAGGAAAAAUGAUUAAGCAACAGUCCAAUAACGAAAAGGAUAUACAUGGUGCCAAAGAAACUGAUGAGAUAAUAUGUCAUCUUUUCCUUGUGAUUUUGGUAGGCCUCUUUAAUGACGAUCAUGUGGUAAAGAAUAUUUCAUACAAUUUGUUAGUUGCAACACAAAAUGCGUUCAACUUGAAUUUUGGGACUCGUUUCCACAGCUCGCCUGAGGUGUACGUACCGGAUGAUACAACAGCAUUCCUAUGUCAAAUAACGACUUCACUUGCUGUGGACUCAGCUCAAGUAACGCCAUAUUUAUGGAGAUAUAUUUUGGAUGGGUUAGAAGCCAAAGAGUUCCCUCACGAGCAUGUUCCGACAGUUAUAUGUUGUUUAUCAUAUUGGGUACCAAAUCUAUAUAAAUUCGUGUAUUUGGCGGAUGAAGAAGAGGGACCUGAAAACACAUCAUAUAUUAUACGGUCAUUGAUUAGCUUGACUGUUCGUGAAUCUUCAUUUACAGCUAUUUAUCUACAGCAAAUUUGGUUUUUACUAGCUCUCGACGGUAGACUGACGAAUUGCGUCGUCGAAGAGAUCAUCAAUCACGCUUUAGAUAGAGAUUCAGAAAAUCGUGACUGGAAAAAAGCCAUUUCACUUCUUACAGGGUUCCCUACUAUCGAGAUUGCAAGUCAAAUUGUGAAUAAACUAAUCAAUCUAAUUCAAUCAUUUUUACCGUCGUUAAGGUUAGAGGUUUCCACGCAUAGCUGGGCAGAACUGAAAAUACUGGUGAAGGUUAGUGUCGCUGUAUUCUUUGAAUCGCCAUUAUUGGCUCAGAUGUUUUUGCCCGAAUUACUUUUCAUUGUCUCAUUGUUAAUUGAUGUCGGGCCAACUGAAGUUAGAGUUUCUUUGUUCGAACUGAUAAUGAAUAUUUGCCAUUCUUUAACAAUAAAUGGUGCACUUUCAGAAACCAAUAGAGAACAGCUCGAUCGCGUGUGCUUCGUUUUCUCACGUCAAAAAAUAAACUUUAUGUCAGGUUUUAGUCAAGAGAAAGGAAGGGUGUUACCUAACUUUAGUGCCUCAUCUUUUGCAAGUAAGUUCGGUACCUUGGAACAAUUCACAACAAAUAUUAUGCUUCUGAUGGAAUAUGGUUCAACUACCGAGGGAGCUCAGUGGAAAACAAAGUACAAGAAAUAUUUAAUGGAUUCAAUCUUCAAUCAUGAUUCCUUUUUAUCCGCUAGAGCAAUGAUGAUGCUAGGUGUAAUGGGUAAGAGCUACACUUCAAAUAUGUUAUGUAAGGACUUAUUGACUGAAACAAUGAAAGUAGUCUCCAAUCCAAUUGUUGAUGAUGAACAAAUGUUUUUGACAAUUUCUCAUGUCUUUACUUACAGUAAAGUUGUAGAGGGUUUAGAUCUAAAUAGUGGUAUGGUAGAGAAGAUGUUUUGGUUAUCAACUGCGUUUGUUGAAUCACCUCAUCCAGUUAUAUUUGAAGGCGGGCUUGUUUUGAUGACCAAUUGUUUGAGAAGAAUUUGGUCAGCCCAUUUCGAAAGUCCGAAUAAAGAAAAAGCUAUUAUGGCAUUAAGUUUGCUUAAUACUAGAGGAUUCGCUGCGGCAUUUUUGAGUGAGAUUGAGAGUCAUAAUUCCAUUAUCUGGAAUAAAGAUAACUAUCCUCAUGUAUUACUAGCGUUUAUAACCAGAGGACUCUCUAUACCAGUUGUUAAAACUGCGGCUGUUAAUUGUUUAGAGUUGUUGUUCAGGAAUAGUUACCGCGAAUUGAAAAAUGAUUCAAAGUAUAAGACAUAUUUGUGCUAUCUGUUCUUUAUUUACAUAUUAUUUGGUGCUGACUCCUUAGGCAAGUUAUUAGCGUCCGUGGGAUUUGAUCAAGACUAUGUUUACUUAGAUGAUAGAAAUAAGAUUCCAAGAGAACUUGCUGAUUGGAUUUCAUUAGAUGUUCCGUAUCCAAACGUGACUUUGUAUCAGGGUGGGUUAUUCUUUAUCAGCUCCUUUGCCGAUGAACCCUGUAAACUGAGAUUCUCCUUGAUAAUGAGGUAUCUAUUGAAGAAUAAUGCGUCCCCAGUGUUUAAAAUUUAUCCGUUAGUCCGUAAUGAGUUGAGAAGGCUUUCUUCGUUAGAACAGACAUCUCCAUGUGUUGCCGUUGUAUUUGAAAUUAUUGAGCUGGUUGUACAACAUGACGAGUUUAAUUACUUGGAUAAAAUUUACAAUAACAAUACGACAGCGCUAAAGGAAAGAGGACUAGCUGUUGUGACGAACAUACAUAAUUUACAAUUGCACCUCGGGGAUAUUAUGACGGGAAUUGAAAAAGAUGAAAACAUAGUAUAUGAAAGAAAGAAACUAAUUACCAAGAUUAUCUCAAAGAUGAUUUCUACAUAG